AAUUAUGCCAGUUCGCUGGCACGUAUGGGGUUUCGGGUUUGCAUACGCAUGUUUUCAUUGCCCGUGGUACUCAAACUCGAAAUGAGUGAUGUCUUUUGAGUGAAACUAUUGUAUGCAUUGCACGUUUGUAAACAAAAAAACAACUAAACAUACACAAGUGACAAGUGUGUGUUACGGUAGUUGAUGGAACGCAUAAUCUAUAAGAAGAAUGGAUUUCGUAGCAGAGCCCGGAUUUUGCUCAGAAUGUGGUUCCAUUUUACCUGAUUUAGGAAGUUCUGGUGGAGUAACGUGUUACACGUGCAAAAAAGAGUAUGGACCUGAAGUUUUUGGUGCAAUGGAAACAUCAUACAUAGUACACUUCAAUAAUCUUGAUGAUUAUGCAGCAGUAAAGGCUAAAAAGAAAGAACAAAAAAUGCAAGAUGAUGAAGCAGCGGGUCCAGUUGUAGAACGAAAGUGCCCAAAAUGUAACAAUGAUAAAAUGUCAUAUACCACUUUGCAGCUUCGAUCUGCAGAUGAAGGGCAAACAAUUUUUUUCACCUGCACAAAAUGCAAAUACAAAGAAACAGAAAAUUCUUAGUCUCACGAAUGUGUUAUUACAGCAGACUGACCCUUUAACUGUGUGGAGCUGGAAGAAAUUAUUUUCUAAAAAUGUUGCAAAAUAAAGUUUUGUGGUAUUGCAACAUUCCAGAACAUUAUAAAAUAGUACCUGACUCAGUGUGUGGAUUGCCAAAGACUGUUCACUCAAUAAGCAAUUAUCUUAUAAGUGUGGCAUACUAAUGCUGUUGUAGAAGUCUUAUUAAAAAUGGAUGUGUUUCGGAA